CAAAAAUUGUUUGUUGAUGUUGAUAUGAUCGCAUCUGCUUAUUUUAUUUACGUUUUUUUAUGAGAACAGUUGCCGAAUUUUUCCUAAAGAAUUAAGCCAAAAUGUCAUUAGUUACAGAUGUUUUGCAAGGCACAGGAAAGUUGGGGAAAGAAAAUAUAAUUUUAAAGGUUGGUGAUUUAAAGAGAAAACUUGAAGAUAUUAAAUUAGAAGUUCAUGAUAAUCUGAAAAAAAGAUAUCUAGAUUUCAUUCCACAGUAUCUGAAGCUUGAUAAAUUCAUAGAAGAUAUAGAUGAUGUAACUAAUGAGUAUGAAUCUUUGCGCAGUCAAGUUGAAAAGGAGAUAAGACCUCAUAUGAUGAGUUCUGUGGUAGAAUUCGAAGAUUUCAUUGAUGAUUUAAAAAAAGUAAAAAAAUUGAAGUCUGCCAUCUUGGAUAUGAUUUCACUCCAUCAACUUCUAGAAAAUGCUAAAAAGGCACUGUCGAAAGGAAGUUAUUUGAAUUCUGUUCAUUGUCUUUUAGAGCUUGAAAAACUUGUAGAAAAGGUAGAUCCAAAUUAUAAAAAGAAUAUAGCAGCAAUAUCUACUCUUAUUACAGAAUUUAUUGUUACUAGAGAAAGUGUCAUUUAUCAGUUGGAAACUUUGUGGCGUCAAGAGAUUAUGAUUGUAAAUUCAUCUAAAAAUGGAAAGAAAACUUUGUCUAUCAAAUUCAAUGAGACCACCAGUAAAGAAGAAGGCAAAGAAAUUUUACUAGCUUUACGGCUUCUGAAACAGCUUAAACCUAUGUUAAAAGAAUUUGGGAAGAAAUUUUUAAAUGAAGUCUGUGAAAUGGUGUUAUGCAGAACUGUAAAAGUAGAAUUAGCUAAGACACCAGAGCUUAAUAUUUAUAUUGUUAACGAACAUAGUCCAGAACCCAGCAAAAUAUUUGAUCUCUUAAAAACUGUUUUUAAAUUCUUACAUGAUGAAUUCUUUCAUCUUCCCAUAACUUCAUCUGAUGAAGAAUCUCAACAAUCUGUCAUGAAUGAAUUUGGUAAUGUAAUAAGUGAAGAAUUUAAUGAUUUGAUUAUAGAAAAAUGUUUGAAAAUGGCCAUUCCAAAACAAAGCAAACAACUGGAAACUUUUCGUAAGGAAAUACAUGCAGCAGAAGAAUUUUGCAAGUUUUUGCAGGAUUUGGAAUUCAUAUCUUCCUUUGGAAGUAAUUUACAAAAUUUUAUAUACAGUGUAGACACAUUACCUGCUAACAAAAUGGCUCAAGAUCUAUUAAGUCGAGCUCGAUCUCUAAUGAAAAAGAGUUUACAUAAGACUGUUUCAGUAGGUUAUGAAACACCUACCGACGCUAUUGCAUUGAAAAAUGGUUUAAAUGAAAUGGUCAAUACUCAGAAUGGACUUAGUGCAGCUACAUUUCUUUUCCCUAAGUGUCAAAUAAGUGAAUCUGUCAAAGAUUUAAUAUCCCUUUUGCUUGUUGUCAAAGAAGAGGCAAAGAAUAUUGGCCCUACUCAUGCAUUCAAACUGUAUUAUGUAGCUAGAAACAUUUGUGAACUCUAUUGUUGUGUUGUACCUACGUAUCACAAGAAUGAAAUUGAAAACAUUCCUCAACAAACAGCUAUAUUUCACAAUAAUUGCAUGUUCUUAGCUCAUCAAUUGUGCACUUUAGGAAGUCUUUAUCAGAGUGAUUUCCAAACAGAAAUAACCAUGACAUUUGUAGAUUUAGUUCCUGAAAUAAAAAAGUUAGGUUCUGAAGCUUUCCUUGCACAAAUGAGACGCCAAAGACAUCAACUUCUCCAGCUAUUACAAGAACAGCAAGCUUUUGGCAGCAACAUACUAGUUGAUGAUGGAGCUGUCAGUGCAGCUGAGAAAGCUAUCCGACAAUGCCUUUAUCAGCUACAACUUUUGAAGAAUGUUUGGGCUGAAAUUCUGCCAGUGGAAGUAUAUUUCAAAUCCAUUGGUACUUUGCUCAAUACUUGUUUAGAAGAAAUAAUUCUACGAAUUUCUUCUAUGGAAGAUAUUGCUGCUGAGGCAGCUGGUCAGUUGGACAGCAGUUUUGCUAUUUUAAUCAAACAAAGUCCAGAUUUUUUUAAGGUGCCAGCAAUAGAUAAGACAGAUUCCAUUCAUUUUUAUGUGAAGAAUUGGUUCAAAUUCCAAGAACUGCAGCUUAUAUUGAGUGCAAGUAUGAGAGAGAUAGUAGAUAGAUGGGCUAGUGGUAAAGGACCUUUAGCAGCACACUUUAAAGCUGCAGAAGUUAAACAUCUCAUUCGAGCCUUAUUCCAAAAUACAGAAAGAAGAGCUGCGGCUUUAGCAAAAAUAAAAUAGUGUUUGUUGCUAUUAUAAAAUUUUUAAAGUUUUUAUUUUUGUUUAACACUUUCUUUCAAGAUGGAUUAGUUUGUUUUUGUAAAAUCUGUAAAAAUACAUCUUAUAAUAUUGAAAUGGUUAUAUAUUUUUGGAAUGAAAUGCAAUAAAAUUCUUUAGCAAGUAUAUAACUGUUAAUUAUUGUCAGAACUGAAGUAAGAAUAUUUUUUAUGUAUAUUUUUAUAUUUAGUAAAACAAGUUGGAAAUUUGUUCACUAGGAUUAUUAAUGGAUUCAUUUUUAUUAAUUUUUUCCCCCUUUCAAAUUUAAUCCUAGAACCUUUUUAUUUACUUUGAGACAGCCUAUAUUAUGAAUAAACAUUACUAUAUAUUUUUAAAUAUUAGUUAUGUUUUUCAUUUCAUAGUUUGACCCAUUUUAUUAUUUAUUGUUGGGUAAAUCAAGGUGCUUGCACUUCACUUUGUCUUUAUAUGCAUUUACAAAUUCAUUAUUCAUUCCUCUUAUCUCUAAUUGGAUGAAACAUUCACCAUUGGAAAUUUGUUUUUAUUUUAACCAAUACAGGAAUUCUAAUAGAUGACUGAAAUGUUUUUUUGAAAUUAAAUCUUGUUUAUAAUUACAGUUUUUGAUUUCAAUAUAUAAAAUGUAACAGCAAUUUAUAUGAUUUAUUAUAUUAAACUUCAGGAUAGAAGUUAUGUAUGAGCUGUUUUUGAUGGGUUUCACAACUGAAACAGUAAGAACAACAAAUUUCUUAUUGCUGAUCCAAAAUGGCAAGUUUAAUGCAUAAGGGCUAUGUACGCUACAGCUCUUUGAUGAAAUUGCAUCUUAAAUCUCUCUAAAAUGCCUAGUUAAAUUGAAAUUGUUGAAAUUAUACUUAAUACCAUUAAUAAUGUAAUGUUUUUGUAUUUUUAGAUCAUACAAAAAUUAUUUUUAUGUAAAAAAUUAUUUUAUGUAAGAGUUGAAUUAUAUUCACAUCCUAUUUUGAAGCAAUUUGAAAUUUAUUUUGAGUUAUUGUAAUUUUAAAUCAAGAUCAAUAGCAAAGACAAAACCUGAGCUGGAAUCCUGUCUCCAAAUUUCUACACUGCACAUAUGGGAGGGCAUUUGACAGUGGAGAAUUUUAAGAGUAUCAAGCCUGCUUGAGUUUUCAAUCUGGAAUCCAUUAAGCUCUUUUACAGAAACCUAGCUAUCAUGUCUUUUUGGUCUCAAUUCUUUUGACAGUAGAAUUUUGAACUAAAACUUAUCACUUAAUUAUAGUUUUUUUAAGGCUCAAGGUGAAUGAUUUUUAAUAUCAAAAAGAUAUCCAUAUCAAAUUUUCUUGCUGUAAGCACAAUAUCCUAUUCUUGAGAUCACAGGACUCAUUUUAAAAUCCUAAAUAAAUAAAAAUUUGUAAGAUUAUUUUAUGUAUUCAUUAAGACUAAAUGCAGCUGCUAUUCUAGUUUAAGAAAUUUCGGUCCAUUUCACUUUAGAAGCUAAUUUUUAGACUGAUACAGCAUUAUAUAUAUAUUACUUUAAUAUCAUUUGAACAUUAUGGUAUUAAACCAGCAUAAAUCAAAUCAAUUAAGUUUAUAUUUUGAGUAUUCUGAAGUGGUCAAUAUGAAUUAGGCUCUCAAUUUUACCAUAUUUCAGCAUUAAUUCAAGGAUGAAAUGAUUUUAGAAUAAAUUUAUCAAUGAUUAAGUUUUUCCUUCAGAAAUGUUAGUCCUUAAAACUUAAUAUUAUGACCCAGGGGAUUAAAAAAAAAAAAAAAAAAAAAAAAAAAAAAACUACCGGUUACUAAAUCCUUCCUAGGACCUUGUCUCAGAUUUCUCACCAUUUGCAAGCAAAAAUAAUCUAGAUAACAGAAAUUUCAUUAAAAGGUCCUGAAUAACUGUUUUCAUAAAUCUUUUCUUAUAAUUGUCAUCAUCCAAUGUUUUCUUAUUUCUUUUUGACUUUUAGUUUCACUGAUUAUAUAUAUAUAUUCAAUUAAUGGAGCCAAAAGUGGAACCAAUGGGAAUGUUUCCUUCUUGUAUAUACUUUCACAAUAUGUUAUAUUUUGUAUUUAACUUUAUUAUAAUGAGAAAUAAAUAUGCAUAGUAGAAGAA